ACUCUUCAUUUCUUGAUGGACGAGGUAAUGACGGCUGCGGACGCCACGUCCGCCACCGCGUCGACGUCGACGUCGUUUACGGCCUCAACGGCUUCGAUCCAGGCCAACCUCGCUCUCACCUCCGCGUUCGUCGCCUGCGCCGUCGCUCAGUUCCUCAAGCUCUUCACCUCCUGGUAUAAAGAUAGGAGAUGGGAUACGAAACGAAUGGUGGAUUCCGGCGGGAUGCCGUCGUCGCAUUCGGCGACGGUGACGGCGCUGACGGUGGCCGUUGCGCUGGACCAGGGCACCGGAGGAGCGGCUUUUGCUCUGGCCCUAGUCUUAGCGUUAGUUGUAAUGUAUGACGCCACGGGAGUGAGACUUCAUGCCGGUCGCCAAGCCGAAUUGCUGAACCAAAUUGUGUGUGAGCUUCCUCCGGAGCAUCCUUUAUCCACUGUUAGACCCUUGCGUGAUUCGCUUGGACAUACUCCUGUACAGGUUGUUGCUGGUGCUAUUUUGGGAUGCAUAGUAGCAUAUCUAAUGAGGGCUGCAUAGGGGGAUCCUUACAAGAUACUUAAGACUGAUACUGAUUCUUUAAGCUCCACUCUUAUGGGCUGUUAAAUUGCUGUAGUCUUAAAUGGACGGAGAAAGAACUAGUGUAAGAUGUAUAUUGUAUUCCUCGUUUAUCAAAAGUCUGUAGAUGCUGGAAACAUGUUAUUUUCCUUUUAAGAAUUGAAUUUCUGUUGUAAGGAUGGAUUUGAGUGUUAUACAAAAUUUGCUGUCUACGAAC